AUGUUUCAUUUGUUGAAGGCUGCUGCCCUCUUGUUGCUCGCAUCUUCGGCUGCUGCUGACAAAUAUAUUGUUGAAAAUGAUUGGAGCGGCAGUGAAAUGGGUUUGGUUACCAUGAUUCCCGCUGCUAUAAACAGCACAGAUGAUUUCUUGGGCUACACUACUGUUACGGGUAACACCUGGAGAGACCAGGGUGCUCAACGUCUCUUACGCGAACUCGAAUUCGCCAACUUGACUGACUAUCCCGUCUACAAUGGCGCCGUGUAUCCCUUGGCGCAUUUGCUCCUUACAACGAAACCUUGGAUGCUGAGGGCCAACCCUACCGGCGGUGAUCCCUUCCGCAUUCAAGCAAAUCGAGGGCAUGCCCAAACUAAGGCUCAAAAUGAGUCGGCAAUUAACUUCCUCAUUAACUCUGUUAAAAAAUACCCUAAUGAAGUAACAAUUGUGGCUGCAGGUACCAUGACUAACCUUGCCUUGGCUGUGCGCAUGGAUCCUACUUUCGCUUCUUCAACAAAGAAGCUUGUCAUCCAAGGCGGAUAUGUUGACACCAAUCUUUAUCAAGCCUUUGGAUCCGAGACUCUCGGUUUCGGUGCUGAGGACGUUGGCUCGGACUUCAACUUCCUCUUUGACCCUGAAGCUGCUAAAAUUGUUUUGAACGCUGGUUUCCCUCACAUUCAAAUCGUUGGUCAAGUUGGUAAUGAUAUCCUUCUUACAAAGGAGAUCGGCGAUCGCAUUCUCUCUCGCAACACAACUGUUACGACUGCUAUUAAGAAUUAUUACCCCUUCUUUUAUAACAUUCCUCUUUGGGACGAAGUCGCUGCUGCUGUCAGUGUCCAUCCAGAACUUGUCCUCGAGUCUCAGGAAAUCUAUAUGGACGUAGACAUUGGAUAUACCGGAAACUACUACGGUCGUUCUAUGGUUUGGAAGUCCGGUUACCAACCAGCUGAUGCUCAAAAGGUCGAGUUCGUUACUAAGGUAAACAGCACCGCCUUUUACGACUACUUGGUCGACGCUAUCCAAUCUACCUUUUAG